AGUUGCCUCUUGACGUUCUCGCAUACGCUGAACAGGUCACUUCAGCCGACAAAACACUUCAUGAUUUAUGGAAUACAUUCUGACUAAAAUCUUCCUUUGAAAGCUGAUUUUGCCUGAAUAAGCCUUUUAUUGAGCUGAAUAUUCCUCAUCUUCAGCAAGAAUGAUUGCCUUUUUUACCUUGUUGAUUUUGUCCAGUGUUGGUAGUGUUUUUAACCAAAAGAUCAACGCAGAUAAUAUUACACGCAUUUUGGAUCGCCUGCUGGAAGGAUAUGACAAUCGACAUCGACCAGGAUCUGGAGUUAGUAUCACUGAAGUCAAAACGGACAUAUUCGUCACGAGUUUUGGUCCUGUAUCAGAUAUGGAAAUGGAGUACAGAAUGGACAUGUUCUUUCGACAAAUGUGGGUUGACGAGCGGUUGAGGUAUGAAGGCCCCAUUGAGAUUCUUGCUCUGAACAACAAGAUGGUGGACAAAAUUUGGACACCAGACACUUUCUUCCGAAACUCCAGGAGGUCCAUCGCCCACAACAUGACAACCCCCAACAAGAUGUUUCGCAUUAUGCAGAACGGAACAGUGUUUUACACCAUGAGACUAACCAUAAGUGCAGAGUGUCCAAUGCGGUUGGAGGAUUUCCCGCUGGAUGGGCAUGCUUGUCCUUUAUACUUUGGAAGCUAUGCAUACACCAACCGAGAAAUUGUAUACACCUGGAGAAAGGGUCUCGAGGCGUCAGUCGAUGUACCGCCAGAAUCAUCCAGCUUGCUUCAGUACGACCUGGUUGGGAAGAGCCUCUUCACACAGACAUAUAAAAUCACCACAGGUCAAUAUUCUGUCCAGGUUGUGCAUUUUUUUCUCCAACGAAAGCUGGGCUACUAUCUCAUCCAAACAUAUAUCCCACUGAUCAUGGUUGUUGUCUUGUCCCAAGUCUCAUUUUGGAUCAACAAGGAGUCUGUACCAGCCCGCACUGUUGCUGGCAUCACCACGGUGCUCACCAUGACAACCCUCAGCAUCAGUGCUCGUGAGUGCCUGCCUAAGGUGUCGUAUGCCACCGCGAUGGACUGGUUCAUCGCCGUGUGCUUCGCCUUCGUGGCGUCCGCGCUGAUUGAGUUUGCGGCGGUCAACUACUUCGCCACCUUGCAGGCCAACGAUCUCAAGCGCAAGAAGCGCAGAGCGUCCCGGCAAGACAGCGUCAUCACCGGCAAUGACAGUGACGACGACCCUGAUAAUUGCAGCAGGUACAACUUUAAAGACAGGUCCAACUCUGUGAUCAGCGAGCCCGGACAACGAGUCCCCAACUUCCUGCAGUCAGGCUCGGCCAUCCCCACCAACAUGCUGCUGGCGGGCACCAGCCCCAUCGACUCGUACUCGCGCGUCCUCUUCCCCCUGGCUUUUGGCUCCUUCAACCUGGUUUACUGGUACUACUACCUCAGCAAGGACACCAUGGAGAAGCCCAGGUACAAUGUGGACAAAAACAGCAGCUAUGAAACCUCCCCACCCAACCCUGGCCUGCCAAAGAAUGGGAUGGUUUUGUGAUUAACAUAGCUUAAUUUGUGUUACUAUUUAAUGGUAUACUUUGCAGGUAAAUAGUUUUUAGGACAUUUUCCGGGUUCACUUUGAUGGUAUAUAAUCAUGUGAAGGAGAGAUAAAUCCACAUGGCUGUCAAAUAUAUCACUGAAAUUCAGACGUUAGCAAGCCAGCUAGCUUUUACCAGUGCGUUAACUAUGCUGUUGCUGGUGUUUGCAAGGCAAGUCGAGUGGGGUUUUAGCUGGUAAGCUUGCUAGUUUCAGACACAGACUUUGCCUCUCUUAAUACAAGUGCGCCAUAUGUCCCCUCUCAAGCGUGACAAACUUUUCUCUGUUCAGCCACUACAUAAUAGGACAUACAGGGCUUGAACUCCCACGGGGACACGGGUUCGAAUCUGACCCGCGGUCAUUUCCCGAUCCCACUCCCCACCUCUUCUCUCCAUCCUAUUUCCUGUCCAAACCUUCACUGUCCUAUCUGAUUAAAGGCAAAAAGCCCAAAAAUAAAUCUUUAAAAAAAUAAUUUGUUUUAAUAAUAGGACAGACUGUUGUAGGUGAGGCUCUAAAUUAAAGCAAAGUGCCUUGUGUAGAUGUGCUCAAUUUUGUAUGCAACAAUGGUUGCUUACUUUUUUUUUUUUUGUCUGGGACUUUUAUCCAGGCUGUAAAUACAUAAAUAAUUUCUGAUUCUAAAACAGCCGCGGGAUGAAGCAGGCGAAAAGGAGCACGCUGAUAUUUCUGUUGUGAGAGCUUUUGUUGUUGCAUCGAAACACUGAGGCACUAAGUAUGUAUUUUCAUGAAAAUUACAUUUCCACAUGGAAAGUUUUUUUUUUUACAUCCGAGAACACCACCAGUAAAUACAAAUAAACGUCAUGAAAAGUAACAUUUACAUUCAUUCAAAAUUAAACAAAGGCUUUCAGGUUGAACUGCAUUCUUCUUUUAGUUAAGUAAUUCUCCUUUAGUUCAUAGUUUCUAUCUCACAAUGCACGGUUUCGUUCAGUUAUCUUCCCUAAUAACACAUUCAGA